CACCGAGAGAGUGGAGACUGGAGAGAAGGGGAGGGGUACCCAAAACCCAAAACCCAAAACCCAAAACACGAAAGCAUUAGGAUAUGCAGAGCAGCAAAAUGCUGGGUUCUUGCGUAGGCGGUGGCACACUCAGUGCUGCAUUACCCAGAAGAGCUCUGAAACUGCAACGGCUUAUUUCUCCAACUUCACCACUAUUACCUUCUCACCAAUUUCACCCCAUCAGCAGAAGAUUGAGCGCCUGUGGUUCUGCUGGUGCACAGCAGCAGCAACAGCAACAGCAACAUCAACACCAGCAGCAGAGCCCCAACCUAGUGGCCUUGGAAUAUGCCGACCUUAAUCUCAACCCCACAAUCUCUGAGGAACUGGGUCUGGGUCAUGGCCGAAUCAGGCAACAUGUCAACCCUCUGAAAACCUCUCUCUCUGCGCCUGUGGAAGUACCUGAUUGGAAUCAAGUCUUCAGGGAUCCAACAUUGCCACUCAUGGUGGAUAUUGGAAGUGGUAGCGGCAGAUUUCUCUUAUGGCUCGCAAAAAGGAAUUUAGUUGUGAGAAAUUAUCUGGGACUGGAAAUACGAAAGAAACUGGUCAAGCGUUCUCAAUUCUGGGUUCAAGACCUGGCUCUUAGUAACAUACAUUUCAUGUUUGCAAAUGCCACAACUUCCUAUCAACAACUAGUGUCUACAUACCCCGGACCAUUGAUGCUUGUUUCCAUCCUGUGCCCAGAUCCUUAUUUCAAGAAAAGGCAUCAUAAGAGACGGGUUGUACAGAAGCCCUUAGUAGAUUCCAUUGUGAACAGUUUAAUGCCGAGCGGCCAGGUGUUUAUCCAAUCCGACGUACUUGAUGUGGCACUUGACAUGAGAGAUCAGUUUGAUUCUCAUUCCAAUAUCCUGACACACAUCCACGAAAUUGACACCAGUGUGCUGUGUGACAGCGAGGGAUGGCUGUUAAACAAUCCAAUGGGAAUUCGGACCGAGAGAGAAAUUCAUGCAGAGUUUGAAGGUGCAAAGAUUUACAGGCGGGUGUACCAGAAGCAAAUGUAAUUAACUUGAAGGUUCGUGGAUGAAGCGCGAUGUGGAUCAAGUGAAAACAUGUAUAGAGUGAAGUACCUCCUGUAGAAAUUAGGAAGUGGUGAUUUAUCUUAAUGUUGGGAUUACCAAUUUUUUGUUUAAUUAAAAUGUAGCGAUUAGGUGAAGCACAUUUUAAUGUCUCAGACAAUUUUUUAUGCUUAGGUUUUUUAUUAGAGAAUUUUUUCCUCCAAUAAAGCAAAAACAGAAGUUCAUUGUCAAUUAAAAUUCAAGGGUGCUGAAAUUGUUGAGAAUGAAUCUCAUAUGGGAGAAUGAAUUUUGCCUAACUUAUAAGUAAUCGGACUACUCUUCA